UACAACUUGGUUUGUACUUUCUCUGUUUUUAUCAUAUAAUAUCUAUUGAAAAUUAAUUUUUCGUCUGGAAUUAAAAGAUCUGAGAUCAUAUAUGUACAGUUAUACAUUACCAAACCUAUUAUCUCAGACUGCAGCUGGCCCUGUCUUCUAUAAAGUGCAGUUCGAACGUUCGGUGUUGUAUAUCCAGUUAUCCACCACCAGUUUGCGCAUUUGCAUGCCAAUAACAUGAAGGAUAUUGUGAUAAAAGUCGAUAUAAAUUGCCAAAUUUGCAAGACAGAUGUACUAAAAGCGGUAUCGAAGCUUACAGGAAUAACUAUGGUGCUGGUAGAUGGUGAGAAGGGAACACUAAGAGUUUGGGGGGAUGUUGAUCCAGUUUUGGUGGUGAAACUACUGAGGAAGGCCAGAAAAGUGGCGAAAAUUAUAAGUGUUGGACCGCUAAAGCCUUGGCAACCGAAGGUCACUGAAACUGUAUUCAUUCUCCCUCCAUGUUGUAAUCUAUGUGAGCUCGUUGGACUCGUCAGCUAUGCUCCUUACUUUGAUGGUGGAGCAUGCAACAUCCUUUGAGCAGGAGAUCGAACUUCAAUAAUUCAUAAUAUGCAUGUUAUAUUCAAUAAUUCAAUAUAUGUAUGCUGUAUAAUAUAACCAACCUUCAUAAAAUUAGUGUCAUAUUUGUAGUG